CUGACAUGUUUGAUGAUCAGAUGCUGCGGUACAUGUGGAAAGGUUCUUGAUGAGGAAAUAUACACUGACGAGCCUACUUUUGUUAAAGAUCCCUCAGGGACGAGCCGCUUGGCUGGAAGUAUUCUGGCAAACAUCGGUUCUCACUAUUCAAUGUCCCGUGAAAGGAUCUUAGAGAAAGGGAAGGAUGAGAUUAGUCAGAUCAUCAAUAACUUACAUGUCAGCGGUGGAGAAACUAUCAUUAGCAAGGCUUAUUGCUUCUAUAAGCUAGCUAUUGACCCUAAUUUUACAAGGGGGCGUAGAACAACCCAUGUUGCAGCUGCUUGCCUUUACAUUGCCUGCCGGCAAAGUAAGAAAGCUUAUAUUCUUAUCGAUUUCUCUGACUAUCUGCAAAUAAGUGUUAAUGUCCUAGGUGCUGUUUUUCUCCAGCUCUGCCAAGUUUUGCUACUUGCAGAUCAUCCAAUUGUUCAAAAGCUUAUAGAUCCCAGCCUUUUCAUCCAUCGUUUUACAGAACGUUUGUUGGGGAGGAGGGAUAAUUCUGUCUCAGACACAGCUUUACGCAUUGUAGCUAGCAUGAAGCGAGACUUGAUGCAGACUGGGAGGAAGCCAAGUGGAUUAUGUGGUGCAGCAUUAUACAUUGCUGCACUGUCUCAUGGGUACAAUUACACCAAGGCAGAUGUUGUUUCUGUUGUGCAUGUCUGUGAAGCCACUCUAACUAAGCGAUUGAUAGAGUUCGAAAGUACAGAUUCUGGCAGCCUAACGAUUGAAGAAUUUCUGGCAACAGCUGAUGAAUAUAAUCAAGAGCCUGUUUCAAAAUGUUCACUCAAAUCCGGAGAAAUUCUUUGCAAGCACAAGGGUAAAGAAGGUUUUGAGCAUUUUGCUAAUGGACUUUGUGAAAAAUGCUACAAUAAGUUCGCUAAACUAUCAGGUGGACUACAAGGUGGUGCUGACCCUCCAGCAUUCCAACGAAUUGAAAAGCAAAGACUUGAAGCUGCAGAAAGGGCUGAAGAAGUUGUUGCAGUUAAGGAGGCAGCACUGGAAGAAUCUCUUUGUGACACAUAGAAUUCUGAUGUUGAGAACCCAAGAAAGAUAAUAGUUGGAGAAGAUAAAUCUUCAACGGUUGCAUCCGGGGAACUCACAAAUGACUCCGAGGUGUCCAAGGAUCCUGAAGGGGGAGGUGAAAAUUGUGAAGGUGAUGCUGAUCCAGAAAGCCUUUCUGAUAUUGACGAUGUAGAGGUUGAUUGGUACCUUCACAAUGAGGAAGAAACGCAAUAUAAAAAGAUUACCUGGGAGGAAAUAAACAAAGAGUACCUUGAGGAACAAGCAGCAAAGGAAGCUUUGGCAGCUGAAUUGGCAGCUAGAGGUGUUGUUGUGGAAGAGGGGAAGAAGAAAGUAAGGAAUGAUUUUGUGCAAUCAAACUUCAUGUGUUCAUUAUGA